CUAUGGAAAGCCUGUCAGUUGGGACCGGAUUAAACGGUUCAACAGGAAAUCAAAGCUAAGAAGCACGCCAAUCAGGGCCACUUAUUGAGCAAAGGAUCCAGCUACGACUGCAUUUGGGCAGGCCCCAAAUGACCAUUUGGGCUGACGAGAGGAUUAUCCUUCUAACGAAGGCUUACCUGGAUUGGAAUGUUUCAGCAUGGAGUACUCUUGGCUUUGGGGUCAGAGACGGCGAAGCUGGAGUCGGUCAGGGACAACAUCUACCUCGCAUGUUCAAAAAAUGCUUCUACGACGCCAUCCCGCUUCUUUUGACCAAGCACACGCCGAGGCGUUCAAAGAAAUCAACUCUGCCUGUAGCCUUGCUACACAAUGCCUCCAAAGCUGCCCAUACUGGAUCUUCCUUCGCCUAUUACGUUUGCACACAUACCCACUAUGGACACAGUUUGCGGAUAUCCGAAGUCAUAUAAUACGGUUCCUGCAC